GUAGCUUUCUUCUUCAUUUAAAGCUGCUGCAAACGUCAAGCCUGGGACCUCCAAAUCCGAAACAUUCCGUUUUCAUACAUUUCGCCGAUUCAUCGCCCGCCUUUUGUCUCGGCGGAGAUUUCUUUUCUUUUCUUUUCUUUUCUGUUCUUCUUCCCCUGUUCUAGAUAGUAAUUGGCGAAGUUAAUGGGAUUCUGCUGAUCAUGAUUUUUGUGUGGCAUUUGAAGAGAAAUUUGAUUAGAUGAAGAUUUAGAGUAAAUUUUUAUUUGUGGUGCUUCAAUCAGUAAGAAAGGAAAGAAUAAUCAAGCUGAUUCUUAGAAGCUGAAGGAAAACAGAGAAAGAGAAAGAAUAUCAGAAGAGAUUUUAUGAAGAGUAGGUAAACAAGGGAAACAGGAACUGCAAGAGAAUACAGGAGGUGUUUUUUUGGGCGUUGUUGCAUACGGGGUAGAAAAGUGAAAAAAAGCAAAAGAUGUUUACGUGCAUAGCGUGCACAAAACCAGUGGCAGAAGACGGAGAAGACGGAGCGCGUGGAAGUGGAACGCCAAGUACAAAAGAAGCCGUCAAAAGCCUGACGGCGCAGAUCAAGGAUAUGGCAUUGAAAUUUUCUGGUCGGCAAUGCAAGCCCUGCACAGGCUCCAGCAGUUUCAAGAAAGGACAGCGACCUUACCCUGACUUUGAUAUGGCUUCUGAAGGGGCUCCGUACCCCUAUUUCGGAGGUGGAAGCUCAAGCUCAACACCAGCAUGGGAUUUUACGAGUGCUGGUCACCAUCGAGGCACAAGAGCUGACUCAAGAUUUACUGGAGUGUUUAGUGGUGAUCAGACCCCUGGGAGAGCAGAGUCUAUAUCAGCACAGUCUUGUGAUGUGGUGCUAGAAGAUGAGGAUGAACCCAAGGAGUGGAUGGCACAGGUGGAGCCAGGAGUUCAUAUUACUUUUGUGUCUCUUCCUAAUGGGGGAAAUGAUCUAAAGCGUAUUCGCUUCAGUCGAGAGAUGUUUAACAAGUGGCAAGCUCAGCGAUGGUGGGGUGAGAAUUUUGACAGAAUCAUGGAGCUCUACAAUGUUCAGAGAUUUAAUCGUCAAGCUCUCCAUACUCCUCCAAGGUCCGAGGAUGAGCAGAGAGAUUCUUCUUACACAAGGAUUGGAUCUGCAAGGGAAAGCCCCAUGGCUCCAUCUUUUACACCCAGAAGUCACUAUAAACCAUCCGGAAGUAGAGGGUAUUUCCCAUCUGAUGUUAUGGAACAAGUUGGCACCCAACAUUACCAUGCUGGUUCAAGUGGUUAUGGUACAGGCGGCCCAAAAUUUGAAGGAUCUUCUAUGGAAGCAUCACGUACGACCACAUCAUCAAGAGAUGAGCCUUCUGUUUCUGUUAGUAAUGCUAGUGAACUAGAGUCAGAAUGGGUUGAAGAAGAUGAGCCUGGGGUGUACAUUACUAUCAGACAAUUAGCUGAUGGGACUAGGGAGCUUCGACGUGUCAGAUUCAGCCGGGAAAAGUUUGGGGAAGUGCAUGCAAAGCUGUGGUGGGAAGAGAACAGAGAAAGAAUACAAACUCAAUACCUAUAAAAGUACAACUUCAUACAACCUACAAUUCUAGCAACUGAAGUGAAUGAAUUCAGGAUGCAGUUGGAUAUCCCUCUACACCCAAAAAAGGACAAAAAAAAAUUCUGUUUAUUCAGUUUUGUUUCAUAUAGCAUGCAAUUUUAAGAAUCUAGCUGCUACAAUGAAGUGUUUGCAGAGAAAUAUUUCACCAUCAUUUGCGGUGACAAACUCCACUUUGUAAUGGCAAAUUUCCCUGGGAUGGCCAAAUGCAUCCAUUUUUGUCUCUAUUAUUAUUGUUACUUAUAUUUUUAUAGCAAUUUUUAGUGCCUUUUUCUCCCCUUCUCAAAGAUAUUAUUAUUAUUCUUUGGGCUUCAAUGGGAUUGAUUGGCUCUCAUUCAGAGUUUGUUGUCUGUUGUCUGUAACCCCAGCUUUAUAGAUGAAGGAAUGGA